AUGGCGUUGAGCCUUCCUGUCACGUUGGUGGCUGAGACCGGUUGGAUUCCAGAAUCCUCUGUGGCCAGGAAGAACAUGGGGGACUUUCUGGUUGUGCUUUCCUGGGUCCCAGAGCGGAACUUCCACUUCUUCCUCCUUGCUCUGGCUUCGGAGAGAAGGGAGAGACUUUCUUUGCUCCUGGCAAUUGAAGAUGAAGGGGGUAAUCCUGAUGAAAUUGAAAUUACCUCUGAGGGAAACAAGAAGACGUCAAAGAGAUCCAGCAAAGGACGUAAACCAGAAGAAGAGGGUGUGGAAGACAAUGGACUGGAGGAAAACUCUGGGGAUGGACAGGAGGACGUUGAAACAAGUUUGGAGAACUUGCAGGACAUCGACAUGAUGGACAUCAGCGUGUUGGAUGAAGCAGAAAUCGAUAAUGGAAGCGUUGCAGAUGGCGUAGAAGACGAUGAUGCGGAUAACCUCCCAGAGUCCCUGUCCGAUAGCAGAGAGCUAGUCGAGGGAGAAAUGAAAGACCUUCCUGAGCAGCUUCAAGAACAUGCUAUGGAGGACAAAGAAACUCUAAACAAUUUAGAUACUUCAUCAUCUGACUUCACUAUAUUUUCUGUCGAAGAUGACUCGGAUACAAAAAGGCUUUCCAAAGAGGAAAAGGGUCGUAGCAGUUGUGGUAGAAAUUUCUGGGUUAGCGGACUCUCUUCUACCACCAGAGCCACAGAUUUGAAGAAUCUUUUCAGCAAAUAUGGGAAGGUGGUGGGCGCUAAGGUUGUGACAAAUGCCCGGAGUCCUGGAGCUCGCUGCUAUGGCUUUGUUACAAUGUCCACAGCAGAAGAGGCCACAAAAUGCAUUAACCACCUGCACAAAACAGAGCUCCACGGGAAGAUGAUCUCUGUGGAAAAAGCGAAAAAUGAACCAACUGGGAAGAAAACUUCUGAGAAGAGAGAGGGUGAGGGGAAGAAGGAGAAGUCCAGCACCAGUGACAGAUCUGCGAACCUCAAGAGGGAAGAUAAAGCUGAUAGAAAAGAGGACACUAAGAAGGGUGAAGACGUAAGCGGAGAAAAGAGUAAAGAUCAAGAUGAUCAGAAACCUGGCCCCUCCGAGCGAUCUCGAACCACAAAAUCAGGAAGUCGAGGAACCGAGCGGACCGUAGUGAUGGAUAAAUCUAAAGGGGUGCCUGUUAUUAGUGUCAAGACUUCAGGAUCCAAAGAGAGAGUUUCUAAGAGCCAGGAUCGCAAAUCGGCCAGCAGAGAGAAGCGGUCUGUUGUGUCUUUUGAUAAAGUCAAAGAGCCUCGGAAGUCGAGAGACUCUGAGUCCCGGAGGGUGCGCGAGCGCAGCGAGUGGGAGCAGCGCAUGCAGGCGCAGUGGGAGCGGGAGGAGCGCGAGCGGCUGGAGAUCGCCCGCGAGAGGCUGGCCUUCCACCGCCACCGCCUGGAGCGCGAGCGCAUGGAGCGGGAGCGGCUGGAGCGCGAGCGCAUGCACGUGGAGCACGAGCGCCGGCGGGAGCAGGAGCGCAUCCACCGCGAGCGCGAGGAGCUGCGGCGCCAGCAGGAGCUGCGCUACGAGCAGGAGCGGCGGCCCGCGGUGCGGAGGCCCUACGACGUGGACGGCCGGCGAGACGAUGCCUACUGGCCGGAAGCAAAGCGGGCCGCUCUGGAUGAGCGCUACCAUUCUGAUUUCAACCGCCAGGACCGUUUCCAUGACUUUGACCACAGGGACCGGGGCCGCUACCCUGACCACUCUGUCGACAGGAGGGAAGGUUCAAGAUCCAUGAUGGGAGAAAGAGAAGGACAGCAUUACCCUGAACGCCACGGAGGACCAGAGCGCCAUGGGCGGGACUCCCGGGACGGCUGGGGAUACGGCUCUGACAAGAGGAUGAGCGAGGGCCGGGGGCUGCCUCCUCCACCCAGACGUGACUGGGGGGACCACGGCCGAAGAAUAGAGGAUGACCGUGCGUGGCAGGGUGCUGCUGACGGAGGCAUGGUAGACAGGGACCACAAGAGGUGGCAAGGUGGCGAAAGGAGUAUGUCCGGGCACUCUGGGCCAGGUCACAUGAUGAACCGGGGAGGGAUGUCAGGGCGCGGCAGCUUCGCCCCAGGCGGGGCCUCGCGGGGCCACGUGAUCCCACGCGGCGGAAUGCAGGGUGGAUUCGGAGGCCAGAACCGGGGGAGCCGCCCCAACGACACCCGCUUCACUCGCCGCUACUAA